CACGUGUAGUUCCUUAUGUAGUGUCAUAGCUUAUUUUAUCAGUUGUCAUACAUAUUUAUAUAUAUAUAUAUGAAAAUGCGCUUAUCGGUGCUGUUAAACUGCAUCUAUAUCUUGUUUAUAAGGAGCUAGUUGGUUGCUCUUAAGGCGUCGCUAAUGAGCUAUCUUGUUAGCAUUAGCCCACAAGGAACCGCUAGUGGUUGCUUAGCGACCUGCUUCCAAUAGCACAAACUAGCUAGUUAGUAACAAUUAGUUUGUUACUCAGCUACAUGGCAUAAAGAUUAGCUGAAGUCGGGCGUGUGCAGUAAGAAUAGGCUAACCAAUUACUAUAAUACAGGUUGUUCAUAUGAGAUUAAACUGUCUAAAUGGAAACGUCUUAAGUGAAAAGCAGGAUAAGUUUUGAUAAUGCAAGCUAACUACCCGGAGCGACUAAAGAUGUUCACAUCUGUAUCUUAACCAAAUGGUCGACCUGUGAAAUUAAGUGAAAGAAAUCUGAAUCUGAGAGCAGAAGACUGUCGCAUCGCUCAGCACUGAAACAGAUAAGACUCGGGUUACACUCCUCCGUCAGAUGGCGUUCUGCCUGGCUGAACUGCACUUGUGGUCCACCAAGAGCUCACUCCAAGUUAAAGAUACAGAUAUUGGCACCUAUCAGUACUACGAUAAAGGAGAGCCAGCAAAUUCCCUGGAGCAUCACUACUACAAGGAGAAACUCCAGUUCUGUGAAGCUCGAGGCUAUUUGUGGACCCCCAGGAACCGCCGACCAGAAAAGCUACGUGAUUCGCUGAAGGAGUUGGAGGAGCUGUUGCAGAGCAACACUUGUAUUCACACCAGAUGGAGAAACAAGUACUGCUGCCAGAUGGUGAUGAGCAGUGGAGUCCUGGUGACCCUUACUCUCAGUGGACCUCAGCUUGAACAAGUGUGUAUAGACCGCACAUUAGUGGGCCGACUACCAGCCAACACAGUGACUGAUGCUGUUCUGAGUGACCGGCUGAUUUUGCUGUCCUUCCUGGAGCAGAGCCAAGUGGCUGCAGUCUACCUGAACAAAAAGAACCAGGAUUCCCCGGAGACUGGCAAGCGAACAGUCAAAUUGUCACCCUCUGAAAUCAAGGUGGAGUGUGUGGAGGUGGGUGGGUGGGGUCGAAGGAUCCACAGAAACGUCCGUCUCAACCAUCUCCAGGAUGUGGCGAUCUGUUGGUGGAACCUGGAUGAGCCUGGCGAGGACCUGUGGCCAUGGACUCCCACAGAAACAAACAGAAACAACCUGGUUCUUAUCAGCCUCUCACCUAUUGAAGGCCUCAAGAUCCUCAGCUCUGUCCGGACCGAAGGCAGCCCCUUGGACUGUCACUUCAGCCAACUUCAGCCCCACCAGAUGCUAACAGUGGAAUUACCUGCCGGACCUCCAGGCUCCAGAGAAGGCUCCUGGGCUGACACCUGCGUGUAUGAAUAUGCUCGAGGGCGACUGCACCGCCUGUUAGUGACCCACAUCCCGCUACCAUCACAUCCCAUCUCCUGCUCCCGUCACCCUUUUGACACCAUGCUUCUCCUGGGCUUAAGUGACUCCUCCUUAGUCCUUUACGACCAAAGACGGGGAGUCUCGCUUCUGGCCUCCUGCCCUGUGCCACCCACUCUCCUUGCCUGGCACCCUGCUGGUGCUGUUGUCAUGGUAGCAGGAGGACAGGAGGAGCUGAUGUGCUUUGAUGUGGGCUUGGCACCUGUAAGCAUGGCACUGGUUGCAGAAGAGGCAGCUCCAACAGCAACGUUAAGACUAACUCAGUACCUGCACUGCUCCGGAGGCCUGAUUGGACUGCAGUGGGGAACUGGGCUAGAUGGAGUUCCGGAGGGAACAGAUGUGCUGACAUUGACCUUUAAUGGGGGACCACUAGCUGCCUUGAAGUUAAAACUAGGAGCUCUUACAGAGGGCCAGCUGAGUCUGGGGGAGCUGCUCCAGCAGAGGCUGCGUUGUGGUCAGACUGGAGAGGCGCUGGGCAUCCUGGAGGCCAUGGACUGGAGCACCAUGGGGGUUGAGUGCUACCGAGGCCUGAGUUCGGUCACCAACCAUCUGCUGAGGCUGCAGCUGAAUGCAGAAAGGGAAGCCCAGCUGGAAGCAGCUCUGGGUGUUUUUUAUGCCCCACCUGCCCCUCUUUCUGAUUCAGUGAUACUGGAAUACAGGGAGCCAGUAAGCAAGUAUGCCCGACGCUUUUUUCACCACCUCCUCAGGCAUCAACGUUUUGAAAAGGCCUUCCUCCUCGCUGUAGAUUUAGAGGACAGAGAUUUAUUCAUGGACCUCCAUUAUGUCGCCAGUGAUAAGGGCGAGGUGGUGCUAGCAGAUGUGGCCAAGAGGAAAGCUAAUGAAAUCGAGGCCGAGGCCAUCGCAGGCAAUGAGGAGCUUCUGAGAGGCAGAAAUAAUGUGCGUGGGUCCAGCUUCAAUGGCAGACAAGCAGAGAGGAACCAGAGUACAACAGGCAGCUCACACUCAGACAACCUCACAACACGGACUGAUGAAAGAGCCAACGAGAGGAGACCACAGGCCAAGCCCAUACGUGUGACCAUCAGCCCAGCUCUGCUCAGGACACUGAGACAAACAGGAAGCCGCGGAGGUGACAGAGACACAAGGAGUGAUGAUGAAGAUCUCGGGAUGCUGCAUGUGGUUCAUUUAGGAAUGGUUUGACAAAUGGACUUCAUUUAUCCCAACAGGUGACAAGCGAUGGGAGACUUAACUAAUGAGAUGGUCAUUUACAGAUAUUUUUAUCUCUAGACUGGUUACUCACCUGAAUUGUUAUCUGCGAAGAAUCUAGAAAACUUAUACUGUACACCACAAAUGUAAACGUGCAAAUAGAAACCAAAGCCUUUGUUUUUCAGACUUGUCACAGUGUAUCUGUGAAAUUCACUGGAUGUGAAUUCAGGUUGAGCCUUAAAAAGAAACAGUUACAGCAGGUUCUGCUAUUAAAAACAUGACAGAAAACGCUUUAAGUCUGCCAUUAAUCAGCCUGAAAAAAUAAAGACUUUUAUCACACUGA